AUGUUUUUUAUUUUUUCGAGUAAAAAUAAAUCCUUUUUGCUAUGUGCAAGUUUUAUUCUUAUGUAUAUUAUUAACAUUUCAAUAUAUAUAAGUAAAAUAAGUCAUAAUAAUUUGAAUAAAAAAAUAUAUAAUUUAAAUUUUGUGAGUAAUAUAUUUAAGUCGAAUAAGAGAAGAAGAAGUAAUUCAUUAAAUGUUUUAAUCAGUUCACCUGCACAAGUAAAAUUGUCAGAAAUUGAAGAUGAUAAAGAUAGAAGUGGAAAAUAUUGUAUUAUAGAAAUAUGUGGAAAAAUUAGAUGGGUAGAAGAAGGUCGAUUUUAUGAUGUAUUUAGAAUAAAACAAGAAGAAAAUAAAAAUAUAUAUUUGAAUAGAGUUUUAUUUUAUAGUAAUGAAGAAGGGAAGAUAUUUUUUGGUAGACCAUUUUUAGAUAAUGUUCGUAUUCAUGCUACAGUAUUAAAUCAUUUUCGAGGACAUAAAAUAUAUAGAUUAAAAUAUAAACCCAAAAAAAAUUAUAAAAGAUUUUAUGGGCAUAGACAAGAAAUGACUAGAAUUAAAAUAAAUAAAAUUGAAUAUAAUAAUGAAUUACUUGGUCAAGAAAAAAGAAUUUAUAAUUUUUUUAAAGAUGAUUCUUUAUAUUAUAUAUUAAAUCGUAUACAUAAUAUAGUAAGACCAAGUUUAGAAUUAAAACAUCUAAAAAAAAAUUUUAUAGAAUAUAUUAAUUCUUUCUGCUCUUUGAAAUUCGAAACAUUCUAUAAACAUAGAGGUAAUUAUAAAAAAGAAAAAAUGCUUCGUAAUAUUCUAAAAACAAAAAAAUUAAGCAAACGACCUGAAGUUAUUGAAGAAGUUAAAAAAAUUGAAGAAGAAAAGGAGAAACAGAGAUUAACAAAAUAUGACCCCCUCGAUGAUUUUGAUCCAGUAGUAAAUGAAUUUAUGAUUAAAGAGCAUUUCUAUUCAUAA